AUGGCUCAGAAGAUGUUCAUAAAUUUUCCUUUCUUUGUUGAAUUUCUUCUUUUGUCCCAAAGAAUUUUCGGUUGUGGCCUCUCACUGGUGAUUUGUGGCGACACCACUCCUGGUGAAAGCUCCACACAUGCAAUUCACAAUGAAGAUGGCAACCAACAACAAGGGGCCCUGGAGAGAAAUAACCGUAGGAGGGCCUCACAACAGACACUUCGGCAACGUCGUCGUGGCAACCGCCGGGCCAACAGAGAACGCCAAGUCCAACAAAUGGCCAGGGCAAAUCUGGUCGUUGUGGAUGAAACUGCGCCAUGCGAAAACACCACAAAAGCAGCAGGUGGCGCUUCCUCUGAUCUGUUGCUCUGCAUAGGACAUGAUCUACUCUACAAUCAAGUUGCCAUUAAUGGCCAGGACCAGUGUGCUGUCUGUCUGGAUAGAUUUGACAAUGAGUUGGCUGACACAUAUUGUGCAGUAUUGACCUGCAGGCAUGCCUGUUGUGUACCUUGUCUCAAGGCAGUGGAGAAGCAUGCUGAUGGCAUCGUAGAGAUUGCGUGUCCGACAUGUCGUGCGUCCCAGAAAACUGAUCUAGCUCGAAUUCCCUACGAACUUUACCCUACACAGGUCGGUGAUCGCUUGGACAUUCUUUCGGGAGUUUCGACCACCGAGAAGAUAGACAUGUUCAAGUCCCUUCUCCAGUUCAACAACUACCAAAUGGGGAAAGUGGAUCAGGCAUUGGAAGACAUGGUAGUUGGUAGCAUUGCAACAAGGUUCACAACAACAAACAACGCUCGUGAUUUGACCUCCCAGGAGAAGCAAUCAAUAUAUAUGGAAACUCAACGACCAGUAAGGAAAAUCUGCCAAGAGCUGGACGAGGCCCGAAAGAUCCUACAAGAGACUCGAAGUACCAAGGCCUACAAAAAGAACAAGCAACGAGUCGAAUAUCUCAAGAAAUGUCUUGUUCAGGCGGCCAACAAUGCCCAGGAGGAUGCUUACAAUCAGAUCAAUAGUGGAGGCAACAUGGGGAUAAUGGACAAUGAAGGAAACUUGAAGGUAGUGCAAGUGGAUUACCAUGGUCUGCACAAGGACGCUGCAGCAAAGAAGUUUGAUGAGUUAGUGGUUCCCUUGCUUCCUACAUUGGGAAAGAUCAACAUCAUCACUGGGUGGGGCAAACACAGCAGCACUGGAGUGGGCGUUCUGCAGCUAGCUUUGAGAGAUCAUAUUGACAAUCACCGCCAUAAUGACUGCAUGAAAUGGGAACCAGUUGAAGGCAACACAGGAAUCGUUCAGGUGGUAUGGAUCUCUGGAAGUGACUGA